CAUGUGUUUCAGGGGUAGCUUUGAGAGUGAACUGUAAUCCCAAAAAGUUUACACAAUAUCUAAUUUGCGCGGAAAGAUUUCGUGACCGUAGCCUAUAUGCAACAAACCAUACGCGGCAAAAGGGAUUUUGUCAUUCACGGCUAACUUUUCCCUCGCAGUUUUUACUUUCCAGCAUCUCACAGCAUCUUGGAAAGCUGCCCCGAGAACUUUUUAAGCCAAAGGUAAGCAAUGCGGUCUGAUUGAGGGAUACGAUAUGCGGUGGACAGUUAGCCUACUUAUACUUUGGAGUUGUUAAGCUAGCAAAUGAAAAGUGCCGUUGGCACGACCUUGUUUGUUUGAAGUGGAGGCACAAGCGGGGACAACGACCAACCUAUGACACCGCACGUCCGCGCAGACUAGGCGCUGCAGAUGGGCGGCAUAGGUGGUAAUUUGUACCUCAAUAUGUUGAAUGGAACCGAGACGCAAAGUUUCGCCAAAGACGCAGACAUCAGCAAUCACAUUCAUCGCAACAAAGACUUGGUGGACUUAAAAAUGGGGAUCCACGACGCGCGGUUUUAUUAUCAGGAACCAAUCCAGAACGGCCAGGACAAUCUGCCACUGCCGUAUCACGGCGAGCAAACUGUCGCUGGGUUCGGAGCGCAACCCGGGAGGUUCUACUCUCCCACCUCACUCAGCAGUUGCCACUUCAACAACAUACGGUCGCCGGCGAGGGGUGGCACUGGACAGUCUUACGUGCCCACGGCAGGAGAUGGAUUUUCGGCGCAGGGCAAAGAAGUGUACCCGUCCGGUGCAGAGGGCUACCCUGCGCCCUUUCAGCACACCUAUCCACGCGCGCCGCUGUACCCUAUACCUGGCCUACAGGUGUGUGGCAAAACUCAGGCGGUCUUGAACAACUAUCCUCUUUGGGCCAAGUUCCACAAAUACCAAACAGAAAUGAUCAUCACCAAACAAGGACGGCGGAUGUUCCCCUUUCUCAGCUUCAACCUGAGUGCGCUGGACCCCACAGCACACUAUAACGUCUACGUGGACGUGGUCCUGGCAGACCAGCACCACUGGAGGUACCAGGGAGGCAAGUGGGUGCAGUGUGGCAAAGCAGAGGGCACCAUGCCAGGCAACAGGACGUACAUGCAUCCGGACUCUCCGAACACCGGAGCUCACUGGAUGAGGCAGGAGGUCUCCUUUGGCAAGCUCAAGCUCACCAACAACAAGGGCAGCUCCAACAACGUGGGCCAGAUGAUCGUACUGCAGUCUCUGCAUAAAUACCAGCCUCGUCUGCACGUGGUGGAGGUGAAGGAGGACGGCUCGGACGAUCCCUUCCUGUCCUCCAAGGCCCAGGUCUUCGUCUUCCCAGAGACGCAGUUCAUCGCGGUGACAGCCUAUCAGAACGCAGAUAUCACUCAACUGAAAAUAGACCACAACCCUUUCGCCAAAGGCUUCCGGGACAACUACGACACGCUGUAUGUGCAGCAGGAGUCGGAUCGCCUCACCCCCUCCCCCACAGAUGGACAGCAGCUCCUGCCUGGGGGCUGCUACCAAUCCUACCUGGCGGACCAGUACAUGAGCUCCUUACCACAGAGCCGUUUCUACAGCCGCGAUCACAUGUCCAUGGCGGGCCCCCACCAUCCCCACCAGCAAGGGCCCCCCAAGGACCCCUCGUCCCUCAGCCCGCACGGCCGCUGGUACCUGCCCAGCCCCCACUCCAUGGCCACCUCCAAUUGCUUGGACUUCUCCAACCCCACCUACGACGGAGACUACUCUGGCAACGGCCUCUACAAGACCUACCAUCACCUCCAGAGUCAGGGGAACCAUGGCCUGGGCUACUACCCAGAGAGCCCCUUCUCGCCCGGGGGCAUGUCGGUGCCCACCAGUGGGGGGUCGGCAUGGAGCUCCAGCGGUAGACCAUCCCCGCCGUACCUUAGUCACCCGCGACCCAGCAAGCCGGCGCAUCUGCCGCCGCCGCCUCCCGGAUGGUUCCGGUCGGUUCCGCCGCAGAUGCCGUCGUCAGCUUCAGCCUCGCCACCGGGGGGCGUGGUUGGGCCCAACGGCCGUCCUUCGCCACAGCACCACCAUCAACAACAACAGCAGCAGCAGCAGCUGGUGGCACUGCAGCAUCCGCCGCUCCUACCCACGCCUCCACCUCCGCUGCCCCUGGAUCCCCAUCGCCAGGUGCUGCCGCUGGAGAAGCCCAAGGAGAGGUGCGGAGCUGGGGCUGGGGCUGGGGUUGGAGGUGGAGCUGGUGGGGAGGACGGAAGCUGGAUGGAGUCCACCUCGGUGAAGUCUGUGGAUUCGGCCGACUCGGGACUGUACGAAGGGGGCACGGGCGGGGGUGUGGGGGAGAGCAAGAAGAGGCGCGUGUCACCAUACGCCUCCAGCACGGAGAACUCCCCGCUCAACAGAGCCGGUGGGGCGGAGAUGUGUGAGAAGGACAGCGGGAGUGACGCAGGCUACUACAGCUUCUUUAGCCACUGAUAUUAUUCACUUAAUCUCUCAUCAACCCUCAGCCCAAGAACCCCCCUCCCCUCCCCCCCUUCUUGCCCCCCCCCCAGUUCAGAAAAAGUCAGACGCUUAUGGGGGUGGACAGUAGGAGUGAUGCAGGCUACUACAGCCAGCUUUUUUCAGCCCCUGAUCCUCAAUCACACUCAAAUUCCCAUCCACAA